CUGAAAGUGAACUUGGCUCAGGAAGGCCAGCAGCUCAAGGUCCAGCCCCUGGAAGAGAGAAUAGCUACAGAUUCUCCAUCCUCAGCCUCUGCAAGGCGACGGCUGUGCCAACCGGGUUCUGGCAGGCUCCUGGCAGCAUGGCAGUGAAGCUUGGGACCCUCCUGCUGGUCCUCGUGCUGGGCCUGGCCCAGCCGGCCUCUGCCCGCCGGAAGCUGCUGGUGUUUCUGCUGGACGGUUUUCGCUCAGACUAUAUCAGUGAUGAGGCGCUGGAGUCAUUGCCUGGUUUCAGAGAGAUCGUGAGCAGAGGAGCAAAAGUGGAUUACUUGACCCCAGACUUCCCUAGCCUCUCAUAUCCCAAUUACUAUACCCUAAUGACUGGCCGCCAUUGUGAAGUCCAUCAGAUGAUCGGGAACUACAUGUGGGACCCCAACACCAACAAGUCCUUUGACAUUGGCGUCAACAAAGACAGCCUGAUGCCUCUCUGGUGGAAUGGAUCCGAACCUUUGUGGGUCACUCUGAUCAAGGCCAAAAGGAAGGUCUACAUGUACUACUGGCCAGGCUGUGAGGUUGAGAUUCUGGGCAUCAGACCUACCUACUGCCUGGAGUAUAAAAAUGUUCCAACGGAUAUCAAUUUUGCCAAUGCCAUCAGCGACGCUCUUGACUCCCUCAAAAGUGGCCGCGCCGACCUGGCAGCCAUAUACCAUGAGCGCAUUGACGUGGAAGGCCACCACUACGGGCCUGCAUCCCCGCAGAGGAAAGAUGCCCUCAAGGCUGUAGACACUGUCCUGAAGUACAUGACCCAGUGGAUCCAGGAGCGGGGCCUGCAGGACGAGCUGAACGUCAUCAUUUUCUCGGAUCACGGAAUGACCGACAUUUUCUGGAUGGACAAAGUGAUUGAGCUGAAUAAAUACAUCAGCCUGAACGCGCUGCAGCAAGUGAAGGACCGCGGGCCUGUUGUGAGCCUUUGGCCGGCCCCGGGGAAGCACUCUGAGAUCUAUGACAACCUGAGCAUGGUGGAACACAUGACUGUCUACGAGAAGGAAACCAUCCCAAGCAGGUUUUAUUACAAGAAAGGGAAGUUUGUCUCUCCUUUGACUUUAGUGGCCGAUGAAGGCUGGUUCAUAACUGAGAAUCGAGAGAUGCUUCCAUUUUGGAUGAAUAGCACCGGCAAGCGGGAAGGCUGGCAGCGUGGAUGGCACGGCUAUGACAACGAACUCAUGGACAUGCGGGGCAUCUUCCUGGCCUUCGGACCUGAUUUCAAGUCCAACUUCAGAGCUGCUCCCAUCAGAUCGGUGGACGUCUACAACGUCAUGUGCAACGUGAUGGGCAUCGCUCCGCUGCCGAACAACGGGUCCUGGUCCCGGGUGAUGUGCAUGCUGAAGGGAAGCGCAGGCGCCACCCCGCCCACCCAGCCGAGCCACUGCGCCCUGGCCCUGAUUCUUCUCUUCUUGCUUGCAUAACUGAUUGUAUUGCUUGUCCCCGCCCCCCACCCACAAAAAAAACACCAUCUGCAAAGCAGGCCUCCAAAGCAGAAUGAUUUUCAUUUCGUGUGUGAAUAAUAGCUUCAUUAACACAAUCAAGGCCAUGCAAACUGUAAAUAUAUUACUCUUGGAUAAUUCUAUACAUAAAAGUUCCUACUUGUUAAAAAA